AUGAAAAAUUCUUUGAUUGUACACCAAAAAAAAGAAGAAGAGAGAGAGACAGUGGAUGCUACGUUGGGAGCAAGUGCUAGAGAACUGCAGAGUGAAAUCAUAGUUUAUCGUUUUAAGAUGAUGUCGGGUAUACUCUCAAGAAGAUGGCUUUCGUCUUCCUUGAGGUACUUGAAUGAAGUGCCCGGCGCGGGUGUUGGUGGAUCCACUGCCGGUGCUGCUGGUGCUGCUACUGGACGUCUUUCUAUCCAGAUCCAGGAAGCUGAGUUGACCGACCUUGAAAAGAAGGACGAAAUUUUCAAAAGACAGCGUCAGUUGGCCAGUAAGGCGGUCAAGAUGAAGGACCACUCGCAUUACGGUCACAACAGACCGGGUUCCUUGAACUUUCAGCAACCCAUCCACGAACACUUGCACAGAGGUAGACCUAUCUGGGAAUUGACCGCGCCAAUCAAAAAAACUGCCGGAAGAAAUAACACCGGUAAGAUCACCGUCAGAGGCCGUGGUGGUGGUCACAAGCAAAGAGCUCGUCUUGUAGACUUUCACAGACUCGAGGGAGGUAGACAGACUGUGAUUCGUAUCGAAUACGAUCCAACCAGAUCUGGUCACAUUGCACUCAUCAAGCACAACGAAACGGGUCUCAUAUCGUACAUCUUAGCGUCUACUGGGUUGAGAGCAGGCGACGAGAUUGAAAGUUUCAGAUCCGGUUUGCCAGAAGAUUUUCUCAACGAUAUGAAGGCUAAUAAUAACGGAGAAGUGGACGAAGCCUUGUUAUCCUCAAGAACUAUGCAGAAGGGUAACUGUAUGCCAAUCAGAAUGAUCCCUGUAGGGUCCAUCGUGCACAAUAUUGGUUUACAGCCUAAUGGACCUGGUAAGUUUGCCAGAUCCGCAGGUACUUUCGGAAGAAUCUUGACAAAAUAUCCUGAAAAGUCCAAGGUUGUGGUGAAGAUGCUGUCUGGUGAACACCGUUACGUUCACAUCGAUUCCACCGCCACUUUAGGAACUGUAUCAAAUAGAGAACAUCAAACAGAGUCCUUGGGUAAAGCCGGUAGAAACCGUUACAGAGGGUUCAGGCCAAAGGUUAGAGGUGUGGCCAUGAAUGCCUGUGACCACCCCCAUGGUGGUGGUCGUGGUAAGUCUAAGUCUAACAAGGUUUCUCAAUCUAUGUGGGGUAUUAAGAAAUUUGCAAAGACUAGAAAGUUCAAGAAGGUCAAUAAGUUAAAGGUCCAGGAUAGACCAAGAAGGUGA